AUGAGGUUUCUCGCCACCUGGUUUGCGAGACACGAGGAGGAAGCGAGCAAGGUGUCAGAGAGGUUCUUUGUGAGCCCAACGUCCUUCCAAAAGAUAUCCGCCCCGUCAGUAUUCAGCGAGGCGACCAAGUCCCUGACUAUUGUGGUCCCUGCAUACAAUGAGGAGGCGCGGCUACCUAGCACCCUGGAUGAGACACUUCGGUAUCUGCAGGGGAGGCGGGACAGGCAGGGGCCCAACUUCACGUACGAGGUGAUCGUGGUGGACGAUGGCAGCAUGGACGCCACUGUACGGACGGCAUUUGAGUACGUGCGAAAGCACGGCGUGGACGCUGUGCGCGUGCUGCAGCUGCCGCGUAACUACGGCAAGGGGUAUGCGGUGAAGGCGGGCAUGCUGGCGGGCCGCGGCGAGCGCCUGCUCUUCAUGGAUGCGGAUGGUGCCACCCGAGUCUCCGACGUGGAGAAGCUGGAAGCAGCGCUCGCCACAAUCAGCGGCAAAGGCAAGCUGCAGCCCUCAACUGUGCACUGGGUGGACAGAGCGGGGGGCGCGGCGGUGGCGGUGGGUUCGCGCGCGCAUCUGGAGGCGGUGGCCAUAUCGCGGCGUACCUGGUACCGCAACUUCCUCAUGCAUGGCUUCCACUUUGUGGUUCUCCUCGUCGCUGGCGGCGCCGUCAAGGACACCCAGUGUGGCUUCAAGCUGUUCACAAGAGGGGCGGCGCGGGCGCUCUACAGCAAUCAGCAUCUGCAGCGGUGGUGCUUCGAUGUGGAGCUCAUAUUUCUGGCGCAGCGGCUGGGCAUCCCCAUCGUGGAAACCUCUGUGAACUGGACAGAAAUUCCCGGAUCCAAGGUGUCCAUAUCGUCGAUAGUCCACAUGACAUGGGAGAUGGCGGCCAUCCUGAUCGGCUACUCGUGGCUGGGGCUCUGGCAUCUAAACACCUCGGCGGGGAUAGCGCAAUAG